UCGAGUUGCAGAGCGCCGGCGGGCGGGGCAGAGGCGGCCAAGCCAAUGCGAUGGCUGGGGCGGGGUCGGACGCUCUAUAAGUUGUCGAUAGGCGGGCACUCCGCCCUAGAUUCUAAGGAUCAUGUCUGCGAGUCAGGAUUCUCGAUCCAGAGACAAUGGCCCUGAUGGGAUGGAGCCGGAAGGCGUCAUCGAGAGUAACUGGAAUGAGAUUGUGGAUAGCUUCGAUGACAUGAAUCUCUCAGAAUCCCUCCUCCGUGGUAUUUAUGCCUAUGGUUUUGAGAAGCCCUCUGCCAUCCAGCAGCGAGCUAUUCUUCCUUGUAUCAAGGGUUAUGAUGUGAUUGCUCAAGCCCAGUCUGGGACUGGGAAGACAGCUACAUUUGCCAUAUCAAUUCUGCAGCAGAUUGAAUUAGAUCUAAAGGCCACUCAGGCUUUGGUUCUGGCACCCACUCGUGAAUUGGCUCAACAGAUACAAAAGGUGGUUAUGGCAUUAGGAGACUACAUGGGUGCGUCUUGUCAUGCCUGUAUUGGGGGCACCAACGUGCGUGCUGAGGUGCAGAAGCUGCAAAUGGAAGCUCCCCAUAUCAUCGUGGGCACCCCUGGCCGGGUGUUCGAUAUGCUUAACCGGAGAUACCUGUCCCCCAAAUACAUCAAGAUGUUCGUACUGGAUGAAGCAGAUGAGAUGUUAAGCCGUGGGUUUAAGGAUCAGAUCUAUGAUAUAUUCCAAAAGCUCAACAGUAACACACAGGUAGUUUUGUUGUCUGCUACAAUGCCUUCUGAUGUCCUUGAGGUGACCAAGAAGUUCAUGAGAGACCCUAUUCGGAUUCUUGUCAAGAAGGAAGAGUUGACCCUGGAGGGUAUCCGCCAAUUCUACAUCAAUGUGGAACGAGAGGAGUGGAAGCUUGACACAUUGUGUGACUUGUAUGAAACACUGACCAUCACCCAGGCAGUAAUCUUCAUCAAUACCAGAAGGAAGGUGGACUGGCUCACUGAGAAGAUGCAUGCCCGGGAUUUCACUGUUUCCGCCAUGCAUGGAGAUAUGGACCAAAAGGAACGAGAUGUAAUCAUGAGGGAGUUCCGAUCUGGCUCUAGCAGAGUAUUAAUUACCACUGACCUGUUGGCCAGAGGCAUUGACGUGCAGCAGGUCUCCUUAGUCAUCAAUUACGACCUUCCCACCAACAGGGAAAACUACAUCCACAGAAUCGGUCGAGGUGGUCGAUUUGGCCGGAAAGGUGUGGCUAUUAACAUGGUGACCGAAGAAGACAAGAGGACUCUUCGAGACAUUGAGACUUUCUACAACACCUCCAUUGAAGAGAUGCCCCUCAACGUUGCUGACCUCAUUUGAGGGGCUGUACUGCUGCCUGGCCCUAGCCCGGGGUUCAGUCCUGGGGGUGGGCUAAGGAGCAGCUGGAGGGGGGAGGGAAGGGAGCCAAGGGAUGGACAUCUUGUUUUUGUUUUGUUUUUUUUUUUUUGUUUUGUUUCAGUUUUUUUUUUCUCUCUCUCUCUCUCUUUGAAUAAAUGUCACUUUUUGAGGCAAAAAGGAGGAACCGUGAACAUUUUAGACACCCUUUUCUUUGGGGUAGGCUCUGCCCCAGGCGCCGUCUCCUUCCCCCCUAAACACUAAUGCAUUUCCCUAACUUAGUCACCUGUUCCUAAAGGCUUUCCUUACUCCCAGCCAAAUCUCCAAAAGUGAGUCUCUAGGGGCUAAAACAUGGCUGGCCUCAUUUGCUGGACCAAAUCUACAGGGAAAACCCCUGAAUGAGGUUGUCCAGGGAAUUGUCCCCAGGUGAGGGGAGCAGGGGAGAGAAAAUGGUAGCCAUUUUUACAUUGUUUUGUAUAGUAUUUAUUGAUUCAGGAAACAAACACAAAAUUCUGAAUAAAAUUACUUGGAAACUGCC